AUGGAUCCCAUGGUGUCUGCAACGUGGAUCAACGCCAUUGCCUCUGCACUCUUGGUAGUUUUAGCUUCUGGAUUCUUCGUGGCUGUGGGAGCUUACAAGUUUGGCAAAGCUGAAGCGAGGAUUUCAAGCCGGAGCUCCUCUUCCUCCUCCUCCCGAUGCUAUGGCAUGCGAUGCGAUGCACCUUGGCCAAGCCCCCCCACUCCACCCACUGCCAUAGCGGAAGUUCCGUCUGCCGAUGCCAAGGACGAAAAGCAGUUGAGGGAUAAAAAGGAUGCACCUCAGCCCAAGGAAGAAAAGAAGCUGAAGAAGGAAAAGGAUGACGAAAGUGAAGAUUCAGAUGCAGAGGCCUCCAGCGGAGAAUCUGAACAAGUAAGCCUUUCUGAAGGGGAACAGAAGAAGAACAAGAAGGAGAUGGAGAAGAAAGUGAAGAGUGAUGACUGGGAGUGGCCCGUUUACGACGAAUUUUGGAAUAAAAACGCCUGCCGCAUGAAGCGCAAGCUCCGAAAGCCUGAGAAGGUCGAAGUGACUGCUGCACCAUUCGAGGUCACCUACGAGCAAGAACGGGGCUUGCCAGACCUCGUGACAGUCAAAUUGCGUUCAAAGUAUCUCAUUCAAGUAGCAAAGAAAUUCAUGCCUGAGGACGAGAAUCUUGCUGUUGAGCACCCACAGAUUGAGGCGAAGGAUAUGUUCCAUGCACUGAGUUCGUUCACGGAAGCCUAUGAAACCAGUCUUGAGGAUGGCAAAUCGUUGGCUAAGUAUCACUUGAAGCAUUUGCUUCGAUUCUUGAAUUCGGAGUUUAAGGAUACGGUCGCCCAGGUCUCGAGAGUGCACCGAGAGAAGAAAGUAAGCUGGAACAUGCUCUGGGCGUUUUUCCCCAAGGGCCAGAGAGUAUAUUACACUUGUCAGUUGACUGGCCAGACGUUGCAAGGAAUAGUUCGCUAUAAGUACUAUUACGUGACACCAGCUGGGAAUAAAUUCCGUGUUGAUAUCGAGGUGCGCGACUACAACAGCAAGAGAUAUACAAAAUGCUACAAGAACAUUAAGGUAGACAACUAUAAGGGCGAGAAGUCCUUCGACACGAUUGGAAUAUGUCCAAUGGAUCUUCUGAAGCCUGCAGAGGCAGCGGAUAUGGAAUCCAUGUUCCUGCACAACGGCAAAAAGUUUUACAACAUCGCCAAGCAAGGUCAUAGUUAUCUGCAGUACCAAGGGUCUCGUCUACGGAUGGAACUCGUCGGGAAAUGCUGGCAAUUGAAAAAGCAGAAGGCCGACGGACGAGUGAUGGUAGAUCUGAUGAGCUUUGCAAGGAUGAAUCCUGCGUAUCCACUCGAUAACGCUUCUCCUCCCAAGACGUCUUGUUGUAGUAGUGAAGAUGCCAUAUGCAGCGUAGAAGGAAUGCCAAGCGAUGAAGAGUUAAUGCUUGCACCAGCUGUUGUCUAUGGCUUCUCCUUUUCCAACAAGCUAUGGGGUUGCUUCGACAUCAAUGGCUUUACUGACAUCCAAUUUGAUGAUCAAGCAUUUGACCGCGACCUUGUUCUUUCAGACCCCUCCAGAAAAGAAAUGCUGCUGGCGUUAGUGUCGCACUACUUGAGAAACGACGGUGUGGAAGAUUUGCCUAAGCUCGAUCCCAUAUCCAACAAAGGCGAUGGCUGCAUUUUCUUGUGCUAUGGUCCGCCUGGCACCGGAAAGACGCUCACGGCCGAGUCCAUGGCAGAGAAACUGCGUCGCCCGCUGUGGUCGAUUAGCGUUUUCGAACUGGGCACAACUGCGCAAGAGUUGGAAACGCGCCUGGUCGAAAGUCUUGAUAUUGCGUCGCAAUGGAAUGCGGUUCUACUUUUGGACGAGGCCGACAUCUACAUGGAGAAACGCACUUCCAAUGGCGACCCUAAUCGAAUUGCCAUGACUGCCAUCUUCUUGCGGCUGCUUGAGUACUACCGCGGCGUCCUCUUCCUCACCACCAAUCGCGUCGCCUCCUUCGACGACGCGUUCUGCUCCCGCAUCUCCAUGUUCUUGCGCUACCAUCGCCUCGCUGGUGCGCAAAAGGACGCAGUCUGGGCAAGCCUUCUUGGUCGCGCCGGCAUCCAAAACCCCGACCUCACACAAUUUAAUGAUUCGACGUUGAACGGCCGUGAGAUUCGCAACACCAUUCGCAUCGCCCAGACGUGGGCCAAGGGCUCUGGCGUGGAGCUCACCACUGAUCAUGUCCUCCAAGUGGUGAAAAUGCUUGGUGAGUUCCGCAGUGAUCUGGAGGGCGCCAUCAGCGAAGAACCGGAAGAGCGCUCAUUCAGUAAAGCUCUUGCAAAAGUUAGAAGUCUGAAAUCGAGCAACGGAGGACUGAAUGGCAAUUUUUUCUAUGCAAAAUUGAAAGAAUGUGAUGACACUCGAACUCCAAAAUUUGAUAAAUCCCUGCACGGAUCGGCUUCUGAGACUGCACCUGUCAACAUGGAAGAUGUCGACACAUUGGUGAUCAACAGUGUCGUAGUUCACUGGUUUACAUAG